CCUGCCUCACACGUCACACUGCUCGGAUAACAAGAUAAUUCCUUGAAGAUGGGGCACCUUUCCAAACCUGUGCAACAGACAUCCAGACCAUUGCAGGUGGUGUUACUUGGUAAAACAGGAGCAGGGAAGAGUGCCACAGGAAACACCAUCCUGGGACGCAAAGAUUUUUUCUCAAAGAAGAGUUCCAAAUCAGUGACUGCUGAUAUUUAGAAACAAAAUGUCACCAUUGAAGGAAUAGAUCUUGUCGUGUAUGACACUCCAGGAUUCUGUAACCCCGAUCAAUCUGAAGAGCAAAUUCAGGGGAAAUUACAGGAAGUCCUCAAGUUAACCUCAUCUGGUCCCCGUGUGUUUCUCCUGGUGGUGAAGACAGACAGAUUAACAGAAGAAGAGAAGAGGGUCAUCAGUAAAAUAGAAGGUCUUCUAGGAGAGAGUCUUUUGAAGCAAACCUGGAUCCUGUUCACCAGAGGAGAUGAGUUGGAAGACCAGACUAUAGAAGAAUUCAUUGAGGAGUCAGAUGACCUCACAGAAGUGAUGAGAAAAUACAGUGGAAGAUACCAUGUGUUCAACAACAAGAGGGGUGAUCCUGAACAGGUCAAAUCACUUCUGAAAAAGACAUCCAUCUAUCUCAAUUCUACACUUUCAAGGAGCUCCUCCAUCAGGAAUCUCCCAGAGAGAAGGAUUGUUCUGCUUGGAAAAACCGGUGUUGGGAAGAGUGCAACAGGAAACACCAUCCUGGGACGAAAGGAUUUUGUCUCAAAGAAGAGUUCCAAAUCAGUGACUGUUAAUAUUGAGAAACAAAAUGUCACCAUUGAAGGAAUAGAUCUUGUUGUGUAUGACACUCCAGGAUUCUGUAACCCCGAUCAAUCUGAAGAGCAAAUUCAGGGGAAAUUACAGGAAGUCCUCAAGUUAACCUCAUCUGGUCCCCGUGUGUUUCUCCUGGUGGUGAAGAUAGACAGAUUAACAGAAGAAGAGAUGAGGGUCAUUAGUAAAGUAGAAGGUCUUCUAGGAGAGAGUCUUUUGAAGCAAACCUGGAUCCUGUUCACCAGAGGAGAUGAGUUGGAAGACCAGACUAUAGAAGAAUUCAUUGCUGACUCAGAUGACCUCACAGAAGUGAUGAGAAAAUACAGUGGAAGAUACCAUGUGUUCAACAACAAGAGGGGUGAUCCUGAGCAGGUCAAAUCACUGCUGGAAAAGACAUCCAUCUAUCUCAGUAAGUAUAGCUAACUGUUUAUAUCAAAAUUGAUUUGUCACAUGCGCCGAAUACAACAGGUGUAAGACCUUACAGUGAAAUGCUUUCUCACAUGCCCUCAUCCAACAGUGCAGUUUUUAAUAAAAUAAAUAAAUAAAAGUAACAAAUCAUUCAAGAGCAGCAGUAAAAUAACAAUAGCGAGGCUGUAUACAGGUGGUACCGGUACAGAGUCAAUGUGGAGGCUAUAUACAGGGGGUACCGGUACAGAGUCAAUAUGGAGGUUAUAUACAGAGGGUACCGGUACAGAGUCAAUGUGGAGGCU